AUGUCCUCGAUUUUGAGCAUCUCUGUGGCCAAUCGCUUCACGCCGUCCUCGCCGUGUUUUCGGGUCGCUGGCCCUGGCAUCGGUGACCGCUACCCCGCCUGUGGCAGUGUGCAUUCUUUACUCAGCUGUUACAAGGUGCACGGCCAGACCAAUAGUGCUUCUGGCUCAUGCAUUAUCUCGUCGCCCUCAGCCGGUGCUCCCUCGCACAUCCCCUCGUUUGGAAUCAAAAACCGUGCCUCUGUGCACCAAGGCGUGCAGAGCAUCCUGCUGACCAAGCAACAGCGCCUCGUCGUGCAUUCCGUGCUUGGCACCACAGCCCCACUCUGCGCGUCACGGUCACCGUCGCGUAGCUCGCUUGACUCUUAUAGCGGAGGGCGGCGAACUGCGCGCGCCGCGCGCCCCGGUGUAGAUAGUCACAACGAUGUAUCCAAUGGUACCGACGGCGAGGUUCACAAGAGUGAGAAGCACGAUCACAGCCAUGAUGGGCACGUCAUACCUCGCGAUACCCCGCUUGAUCACUCCAAAUUCUCCCUCAACCUCGACAAGACCUGCCCGUUGCGUGAGCAUCGCAAAGAGAUGGACAAGGUCAAUAUAUCGGUCCUCAUUGCCGCCGCUCUCAAGUCAGCUCCCGAGGAGACUCUUUCGCUUGCAGAAAUCUAUGAGUUUGUCUACGUACACCGAAAUUUGAUGGACGAAGUAACCAACGGCGAUACAGAGCGAUUGAUUCGCAAGGCGCUGCGCCAAGGUGCCUUUGUCCUUUUCAAGGACAACCGAUCAAGCCUGGCUGCCCUUUGGACGCUUAACGAACGCGCUUUGAACGACAGUCAACUAGCCGCCCUCAAAAUCAUUGAAGCCUGCUCUGACUACUCGGAAUACUGGACCCGCGCACGCACUUCCCGAUCAGCCACCGCUGCCAUUGAUCGGCUGCGCCAGCAGGAACAGUCCAUCUUGAAAACCUCACGGCCGGUUGGCGUCGAGGCAUUACGUGUGAGCCACAAUCAUGAUGGCCAGGACUUGUUUGAGCGUUGUCGCUCUGAGAUGCCCGACGUGGCCAUCAUGGCUCAAUCCAGCCUGACUGUUAAGCCAACAGGCUACAUUCAUGUCUUUCAAAUGAACCCUGAACAACAACGGGCCCUUGAAGAUGCUGUGCUCCGCGCCCGACGCAUCCGCGCCGGCCUCAUCGCAAGUGGGUGGCACGACCAACCUACCGGCAUCAAUGAUGGCCCCCAUGCUGCCUGCCGCCUGGGGCAUGCAACCCUGGCCACUAAUGAUGCCUAUGAUGGCCCCCAUGCCAACGGGAGUGUUUCCAGUUCACAUGAUCAAUCACGACCACCGUCCAUGCCGAUGGCCUCUGCCCGGGCCUCGCGCAAGGCAUCGUCUGAUGACCACGCCAAUUUGCAAGCGUCGCGGAGCGUCUUCACCAAGCCCACUCAAGUGCGGCCACACAACAGCUCGCCCCCGCGACAACCCCGAGCUCCCUCAGACGGAAUGAAAUCCAACUCGCCCGUCACCUCGCUACGAGUUGAACCCUCGGAAAUUCAUAGUCCACCUUCAGAGAGCACGCAGUCGGAGCCCCACACCGACAACGAGCCCAACGAGGUGCCCGAGCCCGAUGAACCCGUGAUUGCACCGUCCACCAACCCAUCUCCCUCCCAGAUGGUCACGAAUGAUGAUACCUCCCGCUCCAAGGACCGCACCACGUUGUCCAAGGCCAUGUCGAGCGACGUUGACGAAGCUGGCGAAGAUGCCGAUGAGGAAGAGGAAGAUGACGACGAUGACAUUGACGACGAUGACGAUGUCGAUGACGAUGAUGAUGCGGAUGAGGAGGACGACGACGAUGAAGGCCCGCUGCGCGAAGGCCAAAGUGCUCGCCGCUCCAUGUCGCUGACGGACGUUGGAACUUCAGACGAAGAACCAACUAGCAUCGGAACCUCACAACGAGCCACUGUCGGCAGCGGUUCGGGCACUAGUCCCAUCACUAGCGGCGAAGAGGAUGAUGAUGGCGCUCGGGCCCUCAUUUCGCUUUCUAAGCAUGCCAACCCAGCCAUUCUCUGA